AUGACAACUCGGCUCGCAGUUUUCGUCUUGACAGCAUGCCUGGGCCUUGAUGCUCAGAAUUGGCAGGAGGAGAAUGACUUUUUCAAAAGUAUCAUGGGGAGGAACCGUGUCCCUGAGUAUUAUUCACGCAGAUACAUCACACAACUUAGAAACAAUGGCGACAUGUCAUAUUAUGGCAAUAUCCAAAUUGGAACUCCUCCUCAAACCUUUCGAGUGCUUUUCGACACCGGGUCGUCCACUCUAUGGAUUCCAUGCGCCAAAUGUAUUGACGACGAAUGUCUGAACCAUCGCAAGUUCAACUUAGUGAUUCCGUACUGUGUUCAGUUCAACUGUGAAACCUCUACAACCUGCACGCCAAGUGGCACACCGUUUUCGACUACCUAUGGCACGGGCGCAAUGGAGGGAACAAUUAUGUACGAUAAAGUCUGCUUCGGAACUGAUCAGAUUUUUUGCACGGACAGGUCCCAAGGAUUUGCUUGCGCUAAGAAUGAGCCCGGAAACGCUUUUGCAGACAGCAAAUUUGACGGAAUUCUCGGUAUGGCAUGGGAUUCACUCGCAUGGGAAGGAAUUCCACAACCUAUGACCCAGAUCUUCGCCAACAAGGUCUUGUGUAAGACACACACCACGGUAUCCGGGAAGCAUGAGGGAAAUCUCAAUGGUGUAAGGGGUAUAGGUUUGGGGCACUAA